AUGGCGAUUGGGGAUGUAUACGAAUGUUUCAUUCGGGAGGUUGGGAGCUAUAUAUGGCGUGACAUCAGUUUCGAUAAGGACACAUGGACAAACGUUUAUGAAGCCGAAAGGGUUGGCAUGUUCCAGUAUCUUUCGACAUGGUUUGAGUUUGGAGUGAUUACAAAUGAUUCCAUGGCUUUAGUUUAUUGGGUGUCACUAAACAAUCAGAUAUGUGUGCGGUAUAGAGGCUGCAAAAAUGUUGCAAAAACUCAUUUGAUCGGUUUUGAAGGGGAUGUGGAGGCAGCAAGGGAUCAAUCCCCUGCAAAUAUGGAUCUGCAGCGUUGGAAUGCUGCUAUUGACCACUUCUUAAUAUAA